CACCUUCAUUUCACUCACAGCUUCUGGACGAUCAGAACAGGUUCUUGCUUCAACAGUGAUUGAACGGAACUUUUAUUUAUUUAAAUCUAUUUAAAUUCCUUAUUUAUUUUGCACCAAAGUUGUGAUAAUAAAUAACCGCUGAAAUGGAGACUUCUCAGAUUCGCCAGAACUACGACCGCGACUGCGAGGCUUUGAUCAACAAGAUGAUCAAUCUGGAGCUUUACGCUUCCUACAUAUACACUUCAAUGGCUCACUACUUCAAACGGGAUGAUGUGGCUCUUGCUGGGUUUGCCAAGUUAUUCAAGGAGAACAGCGAGGAGGAGCGCGAGCAUGCCGAGAAAUUCAUGGAGUUCCAGAACAAGAGGGGUGGAAAAAUUGUCCUCCAGGACAUCAAGAAGCCUGAUCGUGAUAUGUGGGGAAAUGGACUGAUCGCUAUGCAGGCUGCUCUUCAGCUGGAGAAGAACGUCAACCAGGCUCUGCUGGACCUGCAUAAGGCCGCCUCUGAGAAGAGAGACCCUCAUCUGUGUGACUUUCUGGAGACUCACUACCUGAAUGAGCAGGUUGAGGCCAUCAAGAAGCUUGGUGACCACAUCACCAACCUUUCCAAGAUGGAUGCUGGCAACAACAGGAUGGCGGAGUACCUGUUUGACAAGCACACCCUGCAAAGCUAAAUGCAGACCUCAGACCAUCUUACAUGAAGAAAUCAGCUUUCAUCAGGCCUUUACUGUUGAAUGUACACUCGUUGGUUUUAACCUUGUGAAUUUGAUGAAUAAACAUUUUGGCUGGA